CUUUGGUUUAACUUCCCAUGGGUUGGUAUUUGGACGAUUCUGAGCUUUAGGAUCGCCAAAUUAUACUCAAGUUAAGAGAGCGAGCCGGCGCAGGAUGAAGGCCAAGAAGACCGUAGGCAGCAGCGCUAGCUGUGCCCGGGCCCCUGCGUUGUCAACAGAGCCGAUGGCGGCUGUGAAGCACCUGGCUCAGAUUCCCAGAUGUACAGAAACGGGUAUGAUCUGUACACAGGGCUGUGUAACCAUUGAGGACGUGACUGUUUACUUCUCCCAGGAAGAGUGGAAGCUCCUGGAUGAAGCUCAGAGGCUACUGUAUCUUGAUGUGAUGCUGGAGAAUUUUACCCUUAUAACCUCACUGGUUUAUCGGUAUGAAGCAGAGGCUGAAGAAAAAACCUGUGCACAGAGUCUUUCACAAACUGAAGCACCACAAGUCAGGACUCCGAAGCAAGGUCAACUCAGGCAGAAGCCUCAUCCCUCUGACAUCUGUAUCACCGUCCUGAAAGAUAUCUUGCAUCUGAACGACCUACCUGGGCAAAAGCCGUAUUUGACCGAAGUGUGUACAAAGCCCCAGGACCAUAAGCAUCAUAGAGCCAAGAAUUGGUUAAAGAGAGACAUGGACUCCCUUGUGAAGAGCUGUAUAUUCCAUGUGGCAGGGAACCCUUUCAUCUGUAGUAAGAUUGGAGAGAAAUUCCCAGCUAUAUGGAAUCUUCUCCAACCCAAGGACAUCCCCAAAGGUGAGAAACAAAAUAAAAUUAAGCGUGGAAAGGCUUUUCACAGGGAUAAAAAUAAUUCUGAAUCAGAUGAAUAUAAGAAAUCUUCCAGCCCCCAACGCAGGCUUCAUGAAUACCCAGGAGUUUGCAGUGCAAAGGGGAGUUUUGAAUCUAACAGUUGUGAGCAAGACUUAAACAAGUACUCACCUGCACCAUUCCGGAUGGACCAGACUGAAAACCGACCAUAUGAGUGUCAUGUCUGUGGAAAAUGGUUUGGCCAGAAAGCCACACUUAGAAUACACCAGAGACGUCAUACCGGAGAAAAACCAUAUAAGUGUGGUGAGUGUGGAAAGUCUUUUUGUCAAAGCUCUAACCUAAGCGAACACUGCAGAGUUCAUAGUGGAGAAAGACCUUUUGAGUGUCUGGAAUGUGGGAAAGCCUUUGGGUGCCAUUCUAGUCUUCUGCGGCACCAGAGAACUCAUACUGGAGAACGGCCAUAUAAAUGCAGUGACUGUGGGAGACUGUUUAGACAGAUUGUCAGCCUGAUUACACACAAGAGGACUCACACUACCGAGAAGCCUUAUGAAUGUGGGCAGUGUGAGAAGUCUUUUAGUCACAAAGCCACUCUUACUGUACAUCAGAGAGUUCACACUGGGGAAAAGCCCUAUCACUGUGAAGCAUGUGGGAAAUCCUUCAGCCAAAGUGCCAACCUUAUUAAACACUCCAAAAUUCACACUGGAGAAAAACCUUAUAAGUGUGGAGAAUGCGGUCUAUGCUUUCGCCAGAGAGCUACCCUCAUGAAACACCUGAGAACCCACACUUCAGAAAGGCCUUAUGAAUGUAGAGAAUGUGGUAAGUUCUUUAAACAAUACUUCUACCUCAUUGAACACCGUAGGAUUCACACCACAACAGAAUUUUAUGAGUGUGAACAGUGCGGCAAGUCUUAUACCCAAAAAGCCACCCUUAUCAGACACCAGCGAGUCCACACAGGGGAGAGUCCUUAUAAAUGUGAGGAGUGUGGAAAAGCCUAUGAAUACAAAUCCAGACUUAAUCGACAUCAAAGAACGCACACUGGUGAAAGGCCUUAUGAAUGUGCCAAAUGUGGGAAAUUCUUCAGAGAAAGCUACAAUCUUGCUGAACACCAGAAAAUUCACACUAAAGCAAAGCCUUACCAUUGUGAUCAGUGUGGGAAAUGUUUUAGCCGGGGAAGUGACUUGGUUAAACAUCAGAGAGUUCACACUGGUGAAAGACCUUAUACUUGUGGUGAAUGUGGGAAGACCUUCCGCCGAUCUACCCACCUUGUUCAACACAGAAGAAUUCACACUGGGGAACGGCCAUAUGAGUGUGACCAGUGUAGGAAAUCUUUUAACCAGGUGUCUACCCUCACUCGACAUCAGCUACUUCACACUGGAGAAAAACCGUAUAAAUGUAGCAAAUGAAGGAAAGUCUGGACAGCCCUCUAGCAUCUUCUAACACCAAAAGAUAGACCAUCACAGCUCCCGGAAGCCAACCCUUGAAAGCACCCUCCUGCCUCCAAGGAUAUUACAUUGUUCACUGUAACAAACUAGAGAGCCUCAUAGAGUUCUAGGCCAUGUAAUUUGUACUAGAGCUAGCCUGCAUGUUCUGGACAGUCUGUACCCCUUGCCAGAGUUAAAGAGCUGUCGUAAUGUCUCAUAGAUACUGUCUCUCCUCUAGCACCUUGCUCUGAGUGCAUAUCCACCACCACGCCACCCCACCCUUGCAACAUGCUGUCCUCUCCCCUUUCCUAAUAGAAGCCUCAACUUCCUGUGCCUUGCAAAUGACCUUGAUCCCUUUUUCUCACUGGAUAUUUCUGGGUCUGUAUUUUGCCUAAUGGAAUAUGGUCUGGGAUUAGCGGGAGGCUCCAGCAAGGAUUAUCUUCUCAAGUCUGUCUCACAUGAUUCCUGUGGCUGUUUACACACUCCAAAUCACUAGCCAGGAACUUCCUGCCAUGAUGUGCAAUAAUAAAAGACCUUAUUUUUUUUCCCCC